AUGGAUGCAUCAACAAUGGACUGGAAAAGCGAGAUGCAUAAAAUGCUUGGUGUGUUCGAUCGCCAGACAACAAUGUCUUUGGCAAAAAUUAAAACGGCCUUCGAACUCAGUGGCCUAUUGUUUAAUGCUGAAUUCAAGCAGUAUUUUUUGCGCGUUUCAAACGAUCGGAUCAAGAAUACGUAUGAUCAAUUUGAAAUUAAUUCAAUGUUGGAAGACCAAGUCAAUGGUGGUCCAGAUGCAAACAUGUCAAUGGCAGUUAAAUUCGGGAGUGCUGGCUUAAUUCAUAGUAUGGACGAUGCCCAAAACGAAAACAAUAGUCCAGUGGAAAUCAUUGACUCAAGCGAUGAAGAAGAUCAAAUCAAAAUGGAACCUUUCGGUGUCGGAUUUGGUAUUCAGUGCGAUAAUAAUGACGAAAUGUUUGAUUGGAACCAUUUUUUUCAAACUGACAACUAUGGCAGCUAUUCUGUUAUGCCAAACACAAAUUUGCGCGGUAUCAACUACCCAAAUUAUGGUGCGAAAAUCGAAGAUGGCGACGAUAUAAUAAAUGAAACUAAUACAGCAACGAAAGUGGUAGACAUAGAAAUGGACGAUGGCAUUUCAACAUUUGUCGGUGAUUUGGACACAACGAAUGAACAUGCCACAUUGAAUAAUGGACGAAGCAUCUUGGGUGGUGCCAAAAGCUUCAAAAAAGGAGGACGAUUGAUUGGUUGUUCAAGAAAAGAUGGUAACUCGCGUUCGAUUCCAGAAUCAUUUCGAAACAAAACAUCAAUUUCAUCAAAGCAGUUAGGGGUGCAGAAGCGAUUCAAGUGCGAACUUUGCGAAUAUUCCGGUAGAUACAAUAGUAUCCUAAAAGAACACAUGCGUACUCAUACCGGUGAAAAACCAUAUCGAUGUGAUAUUUGCCGCAAAGAAUUCACCAAAAUGGCUAAACUGAAGAGGCACAAAGUGACUCACAUCGAACAUGUCCCGUUCCAUUGUCGUGGCUGUUUCACUGGGUUUUUCCAGAAGGCCGACAAAGAAGCACAUGAAAAAGUGUGUAAAUCACGUCGAUAUGAAUGCCAUAUCUGCAAGAAAUAUGUCACUGUAAAUAAAAAUAAUUUGAAAGAGCAUAUGCGAACACACAACGGCGAAAAACCGUUUCGAUGCCAAAUUUGUAUGAUGCGUUUUACAGCAAAAUCUAGUCUGAAGAGACAUUUGGACACCAUCCACUUCAGAAUCAAUCCAUGA